AUGUGCGAGUACUCUAGUCCAGCAAAUUUGCGCGUUACCAUCAUCGCUGCCGAUGGACUGUACAAGCGAGAUGUCUUCCGACUACCCGAUCCUUUCGCGGUGGCAACAGUGAAUGGCGAGCAAACCAAGACUACGGCCGUCUCGAAACGGACACUCAAUCCAUACUGGAACGAAAGCUUCGACUUCCGCGCCACCGAAGAUAGCAUUCUCGCAGUACAAGUAUUUGAUCAGAAGAAGUUUAAGAAGAAGGACCAGGGGUUCCUCGGGGUCAUCAAUAUCCGCAUAGGGGAUGUGAUCGAGUUGGCCGAUGGAGCAGAUGAUCAAAUGCUCACUCGAGAUUUGAAGAAAUCCACAGACAACCUUGUGGUACACGGCAAGCUCAUAGUCAAUCUCUCCACGAACCUCAGCGCUCCCGUCAGAAAUCCUCAGCAGCCAGCACCACCACAAAGUGGGGCAUUAUCCGCGAGUUCAAGCCGACCAUCUCUCGUGCCAGCAUCAUCUACUCUGAGCACUGGAGCUCUGUCGGACCGCCCGCCCUCGUCGUCUUCCAACAAUCUUGCCCCUGGUGGGCAGCUGACCCUUCCUCACAGGCCUAAUAGCAGUCUUGUGACCAGCUCGGCCGCUGCUAAUGGUGCUAGCAACAAUGGUAACAAUCAAGGAUCCGCACGAGCUGCCAGCCAGAUGAGUCCUUUUGAAGAUGCUCAAGGCCGACUUCCUGCUGGCUGGGAACGACGGGAGGACAACCUAGGACGAACUUACUACGUGGACCACAAUACGCGCACUACGAGCUGGAAUCGUCCGACACAGGCUAGCACUGCUGAGGCACGCGGUGAACGUGAAGCCGCAACUCAAGUUGAGCGUCAACGCCACCAGAACCGCACACUACCCGAGGACCGUACUGGUGCCAAUUCGCCAACGCUGCAACAGCAGCAACAACAGCAAAGUGCUAGCCAGGCAGCCAGCAACGCCACUCUGAUGCACACUGGAGCUACAAGCCCAGGCACCGGCGAAUUGCCACCAGGCUGGGAACAGAGAUGGACUCCCGAAGGACGUCCGUACUUCGUUGACCACAAUACGCGGACCACUACUUGGGUCGACCCCCGGCGGCAGCAGUACAUUAGAAUGUAUGGUGGUCAGAACAAUGCCAACGGCACAAUUCAACAGCAACCAGUGUCACAGCUUGGCCCGCUCCCCAGUGGUUGGGAGAUGCGUCUGACCAACACCGCUAGAGUGUACUUCGUGGACCACAACACCAAGACCACGACAUGGGAUGAUCCACGACUGCCCUCCUCACUGGACCAGAACGUUCCCCAAUACAAGAGAGACUUCCGUCGUAAGCUCAUCUACUUCCGCUCCCAACCUGCUAUGCGGAUUCUUUCCGGGCAGUGCCACAUCAAGGUGCGGCGCUCGCACAUUUUUGAGGACUCCUUUGCCGAGAUCUCGAGGCAAUCCGCCACGGACCUCAAGAAGCGCCUAAUGAUCCGUUUCGAUGGAGAAGAUGGUCUCGAUUAUGGUGGUCUGUCGAGAGAGUUCUUCUUCCUCCUCUCUCACGAAAUGUUCAAUCCUUUCUACUGCCUUUUCGAAUAUUCGGCCCACGACAACUACACUCUACAGAUCAACCCGCACUCCGGCAUCAACCCAGAGCAUCUCAAUUACUUCAAAUUUAUCGGGCGCGUCGUUGGCCUGGCCAUCUUCCACCGCCGAUUCCUGGAUGCUUUCUUUAUUGGUGCGUUGUACAAGAUGGUUCUUGGCAAAAGUGUCAACCUGGCGGAUAUGGAGGGUGUAGAUGCCGAUUUCCACCGAAGUCUGCAGUGGAUGCUGGACAACGACAUCUCUGGAGGCAUUCUUGAACAGACAUUCUCCACCGAAGAUGAACGAUUUGGUGUUAUGACCACCGAAGACCUGAUACCCAAUGGCCGCGACAUUGACGUCACGAACGAGAACAAAAAGGAGUAUGUUGAUCUCAUGGUCAAGUGGCGGAUCGAGAAGCGCAUUGCCGAGCAGUUCCAGGCUUUCAAGGAGGGCUUUCAUGAGCUCAUCCCGCAGGAGCUGAUCAACGUGUUUGACGAGCGCGAGCUUGAGCUGCUCAUCGGUGGCAUCGCCGAGAUCGACGUGGAUGAUUGGAAGAAGCACACAGACUAUCGUGGCUACACUGAGAGCGACGAGGUUAUUCAGUUCUUCUGGCAGACUGUGCGCAGUUGGGACGGGGAGCAGAAGAGCAGGCUGCUGCAGUUCACCACAGGAACCUCUCGUAUUCCUGUGAACGGCUUCAAGGAUCUUCAGGGUAGUGACGGGCCAAGGAGGUUUACAAUUGAAAAGUCAGGCGAGCCUGGCAACUUGCCCAAGGCGCAUACAUGCUUCAAUCGUCUUGAUCUCCCGCCCUACAAAUCUCUUGAGCAGUUACAACACAAGUUGCUUAUCGCUGUUGAGGAGACGAUGGGUUUUGGCCAAGAAUAA